UUGAUUAGUUGCACUUCAACUAACUCACUCAACGCACUUCCUACUGCCACUCUCAGUUUUAACCAGUACAUGGAAAUGGAGAGCCAAAUGGAAAGUCAGAAGAGAAGAGGAAUGAGCAAAGACGACCUCAUUGCUGAACGAACGGGGGCUUUAGGAUGCGUUGGUUGGCUCAUUGUCAUACUCUCUGGCUUGUUCACUUUUCUCCUCUGCCCCUUCACAAUCUGGUUUUGUUUCAAGAUAGUUCAGGAGUAUGAGCGUGCUGUCAUGUUCAGACUGGGCCGCAUAACAGACAGGAGGCCCAAAGGACCAGGGAUUUUCUUCAUUUUGCCAUGCACGGAUUCCUUUGUGAAAGUGGAUCUGCGAACAGUUUCCUUUGACAUUCCCCCACAAGAGAUCCUGACCAAGGAUUCAGUCACAGUGAGCGUGGACGGUGUGGUGUACUUCCGCGUCAGUGACCCCAUCGCCUCCGUGGCCAACGUGUCUAAUGCUGACUUUUCUACCCGCCUGCUGGCACAAACCACCCUCCGAAAUGUCCUGGGAACUAAGAACCUUGCAGAGCUCUUGUCUGACCGUGAGGGCAUCGCUCACAGCAUGCAGAGCAGCCUGGAUGAAGCCACAGACCACUGGGGCAUCAAGGUGGAGCGCGUGGAGAUUAAAGACGUGAAGCUGCCCCAUCAGCUGCAGAGAGCCAUGGCUGCUGAAGCAGAGGCCGCACGAGAGGCCAGAGCUAAGGUGAUUGCAGCAGAGGGUGAGAUGAAUGCAUCACGUGCCCUGAAGGAGGCUUCCCUCGUGAUCGCAGAGUCCCCGUCAGCCCUGCAGCUUCGUUACCUGCAGACCCUCAACACUAUCGCAGCAGAGAAGAACUCCACCAUCAUCUUCCCGCUGCCCAUGGACGUGAUGUCUCACUUCAUGCGGAAGUGAGCUUGCAGGCUCAGCGGUCACUCUGUGUACUGAUUACCAUAAAACAUGAAUCGGAUGAGGUUGGGGUGGAUUUCUGUGCCUAUUUUUAGGGCGCAAAUAAUGCUGACGCUGCAUGGCUGUUAUUCUACAAGUGAUCACAAAAGACACCUUUACGAUUUAUAUAGUCAAGCUGUGAUCAGGCCAGGCCUGUUAACCACUGUGAUUUAGAUUCAUUUCAGAGUAGUUGCUAUAAUAAGAUGUUGUUUUGAAAUUCUAAAAUUUAUUGUACAUCUUUCAUUAUACUAUACAGUGCAAUACUGAGCAGCUGGGUGUUUUGAUACAUUACUGUGAAAUACUGAAAAUCUUUAGUUUUAUUCUUGCAGAUGCUCUGUUGCCUCUUGAUUCGUAAAUUCGUGUUAACCCCAUGUACCUUAAAUAAAGUCUGUUUUAUUCAUUUUGGCA